AACGUAUGAGGAAUUCGGAGCGCGCGGGUGGUGAACUGCCGGACAGGGCGCCAUUAGACAAGUGUGAAUCAUGGACGUGUUGCUCAACUUUACGCGAGGCUGGUCACGGCACAGACUCGGUGAAGAUGGUGAUCAAGUGAAAAUACUCGACUUGGACUCUGGAGCAUUUGAAAAGAGUGCACACGGGAUUUUCAAAAGAGAUGAUUUCAGAAUCAUGAGCGAAGAUAUGCCACGUGUCAUUCUAUUCAUCUUUGGAUCCUUUCUGUUGGGAGCUGUGAUCAGAACUGCACUGAAAAGAAUAAAGCUUCCAUACACAGUACUUGUCUGUAUGGCUGGUAUUGGUUUUGGAGCAUUAAGUAUCAAAUAUCCAUUGGUUAAUCUGUACACUGAAACUCUGGCAAACAUUAACCCAAGACUGCUUAUUCAUGCAUUUAUGCCAGUUCUGAUAUUCAGCAGUGCAUUUGAAAUUGAAUCUCACAUAUUCUUGAAGUCACUUUCACAGGUGGUGCUUUUGGCUGGUCCCGGUUUGGUCCUGAGUGGUGCAAUGAUUGCUCUUUUGGCUGUUAAGGUUUACACAUUCAACUGGGAUUGGUACGUUGGCAUGAUGUUUGGGUCAAUUCUUGCCUGCACUGACCCCAUUACAGCCGUCGGUCUGCUUAGGAGUCUAGGUGCAAACAAAGCUCUUACUCUAUUAAUCGAAGGGGAAUCAUUGCUGAAUGAUGGCACUUCCAUUGUCAUGUUUGAAGUCUUUCGGGAUCUUUCUCUUGAACCAAAUGAUGUUGAUGCUACUGAACUUGCUGUAAGACUGCUGCUGAAGGUGCUUGUCAGCCCAAUAUUUGGAUAUGCUAUGUCCAAAAUCACCAUGUUUGGCCUGACCUAUAUUUUUAAUGAUGGUUUAACGGAGAUAACAAUAAGUUUGGCGCUUACUUAUGUAACAUUCUAUACCAGUAAGCAUGUUUUGAUUUUUACAAAGUUUAUUCAUAAGAUUUCCAUACCACAUAUGAAGAUAGAGUAUCUUACUAUUGAUUCAUUUCAGCCAAGCACAAGAAGUGCUCGUUGCCCUGACUGUGAGAAGGCUAUUGCCUGGGAACCUUCUGUUCGUGAGAUAGAUGACAUGAUGGAAGAAGCCAGGAUACGUCUUUUAAAGGCUCAAAAGACCAGUUACUGGCGUCAAUAUAGUGCUGGUAUGCUUAAUCGUCAAGCCGCACGCGCGCUGAUUAGUAUCACUGAGAACACAAUUGAUUCUGGAAGGUUCAUGACAGUAAUAGAUGUGAAGAAACAAUGGGAAGCUAAAGGAAUUGUUGUUGCUAUAAGGCAAAAGCUAGAAGAUUGGAUGUAUAAUGUCAAGGUGGACAAAUAUAAACCAUCAAAAAACAGAUUUUCAAAAUUUUGCUAUCGUAUGGUAUACAACAAUACAUUUGAAUGUUUUAUGUACAUGAUAAUACUACUUAAUAUCUUCCCAAUCAUCCUGGAAUACAUUCCCGAGAUGAAUGUUCAACAUGCGUUGGAACUGAGAUUGACUAAUUAUGUUUUCUUCAUAGUAUAUGUAACAGAAGCAGUUAUGAAGAUUAUUGCUGUGCGUAAAGCCUAUAUCUUUGAUCACUGGAACCAGUUUGACCUAUUCAUCAUCACAUUAGCAGCAGCUGAUCUCAUAAUUGAUCACCUCUUUGAACGUAGUGAGCACAAGGUCCGUGCAAUUCGUGUUUUCAGAUUGAUACGUCUAGCCAGGGUUCUGCGACUAUUAAAGAUUAUGCUACCAACCUUCAUACAUCUUCUCAACAAACAAAUUAACAAACAACUAUGCUUUGGAUAUGAUAUUGGAAAAGGAUAUGUCGUAGGCGAAGAGGAUGUUAAUAAUCUUAUUGAUCACAUUUCAGACCAAAGAGUGAUAUCUGAGCAACUGAGAAGUAUUGUGGAGAGAAAUCAUCAAGAUGCAAUAAAAGAAUUGGGUCUUCUACAACGUGACCACCCAGAAAUAGCAAUAUCAGUAAAGACCAGACAGGCGGCCCGAACUGUGCUAAACAGCGCCAGGGACACCAUCCAUGCUUUAAUGUCUGGAGGUCUUCUUGAUGAUGCAGAAGCAUCAAAACUAGAAGAGAUGAUUGAAAUAAAGAUGAAGCGUCUUGUGAAAUUCCCUCCUUCUAUACAACCUCCAACUGCUGAAGAACUGCUAAAAAAUUUGCCAUGGCUGCAGAAUGCAGAUAAGCAGAUUGAGUUCAUUAAGUACAGAGCAAAGCUGCUAUAUUUCGAUUAUGGUGAUAUUGUUGUGCACCAAGGUGAACAGCCACGAGGGAUUCAUCUGAUUGUAUCAGGAAUGGUUAGGCUUCACGGUGUCAAACCCUCACUUGGAACCAGCAGUAAAGGGUUGGAAAUAGAUGAUGAAGAAGAUGAUGAUAUACCGACAGACAAAGACGGACCCACCUUCACAGAUUACAGAAGCAGUGGGGCCAUUAUUGGAGAGCUGAACUGUCUAACCCAGCAAAGGAUGGAAGUAACUGUUACUUGUGAAACUGUAGCACAGACUUGUUACAUCUCCAUUGAUGACCUCUUUGAAGCUUUUGAUGUCUUCUCUGAAUAUCCCUCUCUUGAAUAUAAAAUUUGGUUGGCAUUGGGUAUCCGUACUGCUGUUACUAUCAUGCUAGAAGAUAUUACAUAUCAGGGUUGGGCAUAUAACAGCAUCUGUGCUUACCUGGUUCGUUCUUAUAUUGUGGAUAUAGAGAAAAACAACAAAUUUGAUCUUUAUGAUGGGACAGUAGAGGAUGCAUUUCUUGUUUAUGGAAGUGCUGAGGAUGUACAGUCACAGAAACAGUAUGAUGCUCCCUGUUAUAUUUCCAAAACGACACAUCAGGUGCUGGGAUUGGCUAAUAUAAAUAAAGUGUUGGUUGUCGGUGCAGGAAUGAGACAUUUCGAUGAGUGCAAUGGUGGCCCAUGCCCUCAACAUUCAUCACCAUCAAAAUCUGCAUCAAAAUCAGCACGUUAUACAGAGUCCUACAGUGCCAGCCAGAUGGAGAUCCACACUGUGGAUACCACAUUCAGCAAAUUGACACAACCAUCAUCAAUGCUGUUCCCUCGAAUGGAAGGAGGCCGCCUCCAAACUUCCACAUCAAUUGCCAAUGUAAAGCUAUUUUGACUGAAGAAAGCUUUUAACUUUCUGAUUCUGUAUUAUAAGAGUCCUAUGCCAUUUCAUAUUAUUCUCACAAUGUGCUUAAAAUGAACAUUUGAGCAAUAAAAAGUUUAUAUUCAUAUUUAUUAUAUAAACACAUUUUUAGUUCUACUGAGACAAAUCUUUGUCUAUUUUAUCUUCGGUGGGGUCACUGUAUGUAAAUGUUAUUUAUGUGUUUGAAGCCUAUGCACGGAUAUUACUGUCUACAACUAUCUAAUGCAUUACAUUAAGUAAUGGUACUACUUUCUAUACAUAAAAAAUGAAAAAAAAAAAAUGUGUCUGUUAAACAUUAUUUAGUCAAGGUGUAUGGGGAUAACACCAUCAGAAAGAUCCCCUUCAAGUCAUACACUAUUCUAACUUGGAAAUAUUUUGCCACUUCUUUAUCAUUGGAUUAAAAUCCUGAUAUUGGUGUUGGUUUAUUAUUGUC